GUUCCGAUAUCGAAUACUGAACAGUAUCGAAUACUGAACAGUGAAGACCGAAAGAAACGCAGUGGAAGAUGCCAACACGUUGUGAAAUAUGCUGCGAAAUAAUGAUCGCGAUCUUGCUCCCUCCAGUCGGAGUUUGCUUUCGCCACGGUUGUUGCAGCGUUGAGUUCAUCAUCUGCUUGCUCCUCACCAUUCUAGGUUAUAUUCCUGGCAUAAUUUAUGCUCUCUAUGCCAUUAUCUUUGUCGAUCGUGAUCAGUACUUCGAUGAAUACAGGCGUCCUCUCUAUGUACAAUACUCAUGAUUUAGGUUUAUGUGCCUAUAACUGAUUUCGUGCUAUUGCCUUGUUCGUGUGCGUAACUACUGAAAAUUUAAGUUUCGUGUUUGUUGAAACUUGAAAUUGAUGGAUUUAUCAUUUAUUGUUUUUGCUCUCCAAGCUUCAACGACUUUUAUGAAAUCAGGGUUCUACUAUGAUGUUC